AUGAGGAAGAGUCUUAACAAUAAAAACACUCCUCUCGUAUAUCAGGAUGCAAACGGUGAUACUCAAAUAAUUACUUUAGAACAACUCAGUAAGGAUGAAUCAAUCCACUUUGGAGAUACUGUCAUUUCUACUCAACCAUCCUUUGAGGUAUCUGGAGGAAGUCAAGUCUUUAAAAGUGCAAAAGAAAACGUUGAAAGUGUAGAAAGAAAAAUGCAAGUCCUUUACAACUUACAACAUGAAAGAGGGAAAAGUGACACAACAUCUGAUCAAACACAACAAAAAGUUAAAACUAACUCUCCUUUUCAACACGCAACUCUAAAACCAAAAUUUAACUUCUUUGAAUAA